AGACAGAGAUUGCCGGUUCUUUCGAUUCUUCGAUUUCUCCGCUCUUCACUCUCUCGGAAUCGCCGUUUUCGUUCAUUUGAUUGUUCUUCGAAUUGUCGGAGAGCUCUGUGUUGUUUUCUCAGAAAAUGUCCGCUAUACUCCAAAGAGCCGGAGCUGCCACGGCUCUUUCGCCGUUUAAUUCCGUCGAUUCCGAGAAACUCGCUGCUCCUUCUCGAAGAUCUCUUCCAGUGAGGAGCAGGGGAUACAUUGUGGCUAGAUCUGAUGCGAGUAAGAACUUUGGUCCUGGCCUCAGAGUUCAUCGGGCUGAGCAAAUGAUCGGAAAUGCUGUUGCGACGAAAAUGGAUAGUGCUGCUAGCUCCACCUCGUCCAAACCCGGACAUGAACUAUUGCUUUUCGAGGCCCUUCAGGAAGGUCUCGAAGAAGAGAUGGAGAGAGAUGCCUGUGUAUGCGUUAUGGGCGAAGAUGUCGGCCAUUAUGGAGGCUCAUACAAAGUGACCAAAGACCUGGCUAAAAGAUUCGGUGAUCUCAGGGUUCUCGACACACCUAUAUCCGAAAACGCCUUCACGGGUAUGGGCAUAGGAGCUGCCAUGACUGGUCUAAGACCCGUGGUCGAGGGUAUGAACAUGGGAUUCCUCCUCCUGGCCUUCAACCAGAUCUCCAACAACUGUGGGAUGCUUCACUACACAUCCGGUGGUCAAUUCACCAUCCCGAUCGUCAUCCGUGGACCCGGAGGAGUAGGCCGCCAGCUCGGUGCCGAGCAUUCUCAGAGGCUUGAAUCCUACUUCCAAUCCAUCCCGGGAAUCCAGAUGGUAGCUUGCUCGACCCCUUACAACGCCAAAGGGUUGAUGAAAGCCGCGAUAAGAAGCGAGAAUCCUGUGAUUCUCUUCGAACACGUCCUCCUCUACAACCUCAAGGAGAGAAUCCCGGACGAAGAAUACGUAUGUAACCUCGAAGAAGCUGAGAUGGUGAGACCGGGAGAAGAUGUGACCAUUCUUACCUACUCGAGGAUGAGGUACCAUGUAAUGCAGGCUGCUAAGACUCUGGUGAACAAAGGGUUCGAUCCCGAGGUCAUCGAUAUCAGGUCAUUGAAGCCGUUCGAUCUUUACACGAUCGGGAAAUCGGUCAAGAAGACUCAUCGGGUUCUGAUCGUCGAGGAGUGUAUGAGAACGGGAGGGAUCGGGGCGAGUUUAACGGCUGCCAUCAACGAGAAUUUCCAUGACUACUUGGAUUCUCCGGUGGUUUGCUUGUCGUCUCAGGACGUCCCCACGCCAUACGCAGGUACGCUCGAGGAAUGGACAGUUGUUCAGCCCGCUCAAAUCGUUACCGCUGUCCAACAGCUUUGCCAGUGAUUUUUGCGUUUUGGAGCUCAGAGGUUAUCAGGUUUAACUUGAGAGUUAGCAGCUAUAGAUCUCUCGUUUCUUUGUGUGGGACGUUGUUUGUUAAUCUCUUUUGAGAAGUUUUGGUCUAAUCACCAUGUUUCAUCCUUUUCAUGUCUUAUAAAUGUUUGAGUUUAUUUGUCUAAUUGCUCUCUUAAAUCGAAUAAUUAAGCUUGAAUAA